CGUCGUCUCUGCCACUCACCGCGAGUCCGCAACCAAACAAUAAGAAGCAGCCUUCCUUGCUCUGCGUCAGUGCAUCUCCUUCCCCUCCCCUCCUUCCCCUCCCCUCCUCUCGUCUGGGGACUGGGCGUCUGGCUGGCACGCAGCCAAGCCACACACUCCCUCGUCAGCCUCUGCAUGCCACGCCGCCCCUGAUCACCAGAACCCGCCCGGCCGCCGCAUGGCCCUCGCGUCGCAGCCGCCUUGGUGGCUCACCACGGAGGCUUGCGACCUCCCAUCCGCGCCCGCCGCGGGGCUCGGGGAAUGGGUCGCCUUCCUCUUCCUCUCCACGUGCUCGCAGCAGAUGCUCCUCUCCGCCGCGUCCGCCGUCUUCCUCGUCGCGCUGCUCUGCCUCGGCGCCGCCAAGCUCAUCUCCACACGGCGACGACGCCAUGGCGGCGGCGCCCUCAACGGCGACAAGCAGCCGCUGCUGGACAGGGCCGGGGGGCGGGCCGGGGUUCGGGUCGGCGCCGGGUUCGUCGUCGCGCUGGCGGCGUCCGGUGUCCUCGCCGCGUUCUACGCCUCGCUGCUCGUCCUUUCCCUGGUCAACAGAGGCGGCGGAGAGGGCGAGGCCCUGGAGGCGGUGUUCCUGGCGCUGCAGUGCGCGGCGCACCUGGCCGCCGCGGCCGUCGUCGCGCACGAGAAGCGGUUCCGCGCGGCGGCGCACCCGCUGGCCCUGCGCCUGUACUGGCUGGCGGCGCCCGCGCUGACGGCGCUCCUCGCCGGCACCUCCGUCGCGCGCCUCGUGGUGGCCGCCGCUAGGCUCCCGGACGACGCGCUCGCGAUCGCGGCGCUGGUCCUGUCCCUUCCCCUCCCGGUCCUCUCCAUCCUCGGGUCGACGGGCAUAUCCGUGGCGGUGGUCAACGACGCCACCGGGGCGGCGGAGGAGGAGACGGCAAGCAACAAGGCGACGGAGAAAAACGUGACCCCCUACGCGACGGCGUCGUGGGCUUCGCGCGCGACGUGGGCUUGGAUGAACCCGCUGGUGCAGCGCGGGCACCGCGCGGCGCUGGAGCUGUCGGACGUGCCGACGCUGGCACCGUCCCACCGCCCAGAGCGCAUGCACGAGCUCUUCACCCUGCACUGGCCGUCGGCGUGGGCGUCCAAGGACAACAACCCGGUCCGGCACACGCUGUUCCGGACCUUCUGGGCGCAGUUCCUGCUGAACGCGUUGCUGGCGCUGCUCCGGCUGACCGUCAUGUACGUCGGCCCGACGCUCAUCCAGAGCUUCGUGGACUUCACGUCCGCCGGCGGGCAGCGGCCGUUCGGGGAGGGCGCGCGGCUGGUGGCGACGCUGCUGGCGGCCAAGUGCGCGGAGGCGCUGUGCAGCCACCAGUACAACUUCCACUGCCAGAAGCUGGGGAUGCAGAUCCGGGGCGCCCUCAUCGUGGCGCUGUACCGCAAGGGCCUCCGGCUCUCGUGCUCAGCGCGCCAGAAGCACGGGCUCGGCAUGAUCGUCAACUACAUGGCCGUCGACGCGCAGCAGCUCUCCGACAUGAUGCUGCAGAUCCACUACCUCUGGCUCAUGCCGCUCCAGGUUGGCGUUGCUCUGGGCCUGCUGUACACGUACCUUGGCCCCCCGGUGACGUCGGCUCUGAUCGGCGUUGCCGGCGUGAUGGUGUUCGUGCUCCUGGGCACCCGGCGCAACAACCGGUACCAGUUCUCGCUGAUGAAGGAGCGCGACCAGCGGAUGAAGGCGACGAACGAGAUGCUCAACUACAUGCGCGUCAUCAAGUUCCAGGCGUGGGAGGAGCACUUCAACGCGCGCAUCGGCCGCUUCCGCCGCCUCGAGUUCGGCUGGCUCUCCCGCUUCAUGUACUCCAUCUCCGGCAACAUCAUCGCGCUCUGGAGCGCCCCCGUCGUCGUCUCCGCGCUCGUCUUCGCCACCUGCGUGCUCGCCGGGGUGCGCCUCGACGCCGGCCUCGUCUUCACCGCCACGUCCUUCUUCAAGAUCCUACAGGAGCCCAUGCGGAACUUCCCGCAGGCGAUGAUCCAGGCGUCGCAGGCGAUGAUCUCGCUGCAGCGCCUCGACUCGUACAUGACUAGCGCGGAGCUUGACGAGGGCUCCGUGGAGAGGGACCCCGCCGCGGCGUCGGGCGGCAUGGCCGUGCAGGUCAAGGACGGCGUGUUCGCGUGGGACGACGAGGUGGACGCCGGCCAGGAGGUGCUGCGCGGGAUCGACCUGGACAUCCGUACGGGUGCGCUGGCGGCAGUGGUGGGCAUGGUUGGCUCCGGCAAGUCGUCGCUGCUGGGCUGCAUCCUCGGCGAGAUGCGCAAGUUCUCCGGCAAGUGGCGAAGCCAAGGGGGGGCCGGAUGGGCCUGGCACCCCCAACGGGUAAAGGUUUGCGGCAGCACGGCAUACGUGGCGCAGACGGCAUGGAUCCAGAACGGCACCAUUGAGGAAAACAUCCUGUUCGGGAAGCCCAUGCACCGGGAGAGGUACAAGGAGGUGAUCAGGGUGUGCUGCCUGGAGAAGGACCUGGAGAUGAUGGAAUUCGGGGACCAAACGGAGAUCGGGGAGCGCGGCAUCAACCUUAGUGGCGGGCAGAAGCAGCGCAUCCAGCUCGCCCGCGCCGUCUACCAGGACUUCAACAUCUACCUCCUCGACGAUGUAUUCAGCGCGGUCGAUGCGCAUACGGGCACUGAGAUCUUCAAGGAAUGUGUUAGAGGUGCACUCAAGAACAAGACCAUAGUACUCGUGACACAUCAAGUUGAUUUCUUGCACAAUGCUGAUAUCAUAUAUGUGAUGAAGGACGGAAUGAUCGUGCAAUCCGGCAAGUACGAUGAGCUCCUCCAGGCAGGCACCGACUUCGCGGCACUGGUCGCAGCGCACGACAGCUCAAUGGAGCUCGUGGAGAGCGCGGCGCCGGCGAGCGAGCGCGAGCUGCCCCUCUCCCGGCAGCCGUCAAGCAAGAACGCGGCGUCCAACGGCGACUCGUCCUCGUCCUCCAUCGUGGCGCCCAAGGCCGAGAAGGCGUCGGCGCGGCUGAUCAAGGACGAAGAGCGCGCGAGCGGGCACGUCAGCUUCACCGUGUACAAGCAGUACAUGACGGAGGCCUGGGGGUGGUGGGGGCCGCUUGUGGUGGUGGCUGUCUCCGUGGUGUGGCAGUGCUCUCUCAUGGCCAGCGACUACUGGCUUGCCGACCAGACCUCCGACGGGAACGAAACCUCGUUCCAGCCGUCGCUGUUCAUCAACGUGUACGCCAUCAUCGCUGCCGUCUCGGUGGUGCUCGUCGCGGCUCGCUCUUUCAUUGUGGCGUUCAUUGGCCUCCAGACGGCGGACCGGUUCUUCAAGCAGAUCCUCAACAGCAUCCUGCACGCGCCCAUGUCCUUCUUCGACACCACGCCGUCCGGCAGGAUCCUCAGCAGGGCGUCGUCAGAUCAGACGAACGUCGAUCUCUUCCUGCCGUUCUUCGUCUGGAUGAGCGUAUCCAUGUACAUCACCGUGAUCAGUGUGCUGAUCGUCACGUGUCAGGUGGCGUGGCCGUCCGUCAUUGCCAUAAUCCCUCUGGUGAUACUGAACAUCUGGUACCGGGGCUAUUACUUGUCGACAUCGAGGGAGCUGACUCGCCUCGAGUCGAUUACCAAGGCUCCAGUGAUCCACCACUUCUCCGAGACGGUUCAAGGUGUCAUGACCAUCAGGUGCUUCAGGAAGGAGGAAAACUUCUUGCAGGAGAACCUGAACCGGGUGAACUCAAGCCUGAGGAUGGACUUCCACAACAAUGGUGCCAACGAGUGGCUCGGUUUCCGGCUCGAGCUGAUUGGAAGCUUUGUUCUCUGCUUCACAGCCGUGCUCAUGGUCACAUUGCCGAGCAACUUCGUGAAGCCAGAGUAUGUUGGUCUGUCACUAUCAUAUGGUCUAUCUCUCAACCAGGUGUUGUUCUGGGCCAUCUGGAUCAGUUGCUUCAUUGAAAAUAAAAUGGUCUCAGUUGAGAGGAUAAAACAAUUCACAAAUAUUCCUUCAGAGGCCACAUGGAGGAUCAAGGACUGCCUACCAGAUUCUAAUUGGCCAACAAAAGGCGACAUCAAUGUCAUUGAUCUUAAGUUUAGGUAUAGGCACAACACUCCUCUAGUGUUGAAGGGCAUCACAAUAAGCAUACAUGGAGGAGAGAAGAUUGGAGUUGUCGGCAGAACUGGUAGUGGGAAAUCAACACUGAUCCAGGCACUGUUCAGAAUAGUGGAGCCUUCUGAGGGGAGAAUAAUCAUCGACGGUGUUGACAUCUGCACUUUAGGACUCCAUGACCUUAGGUCACGGUUUGGUAUCAUACCUCAGGAACCUGUUCUCUUUGAAGGGACCAUUAGGAGCAACAUUGAUCCGCUUGAGCAGUAUUCCGAUGAUGAAAUCUGGCAGGCAUUGGGCCGCUGUCAGUUGAAAGAAGCCGUAGCUUCAAAACCCGAAAAGCUUGAUGCUUCAGUCGUCGACAAUGGUGAGAACUGGAGUGUUGGACAACGUCAACUGCUAUGCCUGGGCCGGGUGAUGCUAAAGCACAGCAGAAUACUGUUCAUGGACGAGGCCACUGCUUCCGUUGAUUCCCAGACCGAUGCUGUGAUUCAGAAGAUCAUCCGGGAAGACUUUGCAGCUUGUACCAUUAUCAGCAUUGCGCACAGAAUACCUACGGUGAUGGACUGCGACAGGGUCCUGGUUAUAGAUGCAGGACUAGCAAAGGAGUUUGACCGGCCUGCAAAUCUGAUCGAGAGGCCAUCUCUGUUUGGAGCAUUGGUUCAAGAGUACGCGAACCGUUCGUCCGACGUUUAGCAUUUCAGGGUGGCAUAAUUUUUUGACUCGAGAUUUGGGAGGAAACAAUGAUUGGAAAUUUCUCGGUGUGGUGAACGAGCAAUGCUGCAUUCAUGCUCCAAAUAAAACUGCGAGCCCUCAAAAUUUCGCGAAACGUAAUUGGGUCAUGUGGAAGGCCAGAGGAGAAGCCACGAUCGGAUGAAGGAGACAUCGAGAUGACUAGGAUAGUAAGUAGUUAUCGAGAUGUAUUUGAGCGGUUUAAGCUGAAAUUUUAAGACUGAGCUGAAGACGAUGUAUGAAUCUAUGUAUUGUUCAACUAGAAUAUUACUGCGCAUGCAAAUUUUCUGCCGACUGUAUCUGCUAUUCUGCUGUAUCAAAGUGAAAAUCAUGGAAAUUGCCGCAAAUAUUUGCUCCUUAA